GAGGAAAGGCAGGAGGGCGGGCCCUCGGAAGCUUCCCCUGGGCUGGCGGCGAGUGAGAGCUAGCGCGCGAGAAGGGAGGGAGGUAGCGAGCCUGCGACAAGGAGAGGCGUGGAGCGGCGAGCCGGAGCCCGGCGCGGAGGACCCUCGGGGAGGAGCAGACCUGCCAGGCGCCCCCAGCCAGGGACCCUGCGCGGAGCAUGAGCCUGCGCCCCGCAGGAGCGCGGCCGAGGGACACGGCCUCCGGGCAGCCCUGAGACGCUGGGCCGGGCCGGGCUCGGGGCGCUGGGGCGCUGGGGCGCCGGGCCCGGCCGGGGCGGGGCGGGGGCAGCAGCCCGCGCUGGCGGGGCCUGGCACGGAGCCAUGGGGAGCCCCCGGGCCGCGCCGCUCCUGCUGCUCCUGCGCCCGGCCAGGCUGCUGCGGAGGCGCUUCCGGCUGCUGCUGCUGCUCGCCGUGGUGUCUGUGGGGCUCUGGACGCUCUAUUUGGAGCUGGUGGCGUCGGCGCAGGUCGGCGGCCACCCCCUGAACCGGAGGUAUGCCAACUGGAGAGAACUAGCCAAGGCUUUGGCCAGCCGGAACAUCCCAGCCGUGGACCCAAAUCUCCAGUUCUACCAUCCCCAGAGGGUGAACCUCAAGGACCAAGAAGUUGAUCGAAGUGGAGGCAGGAACAGCAGCUACCUGAAGUGGAAUAAGCCUGUGCCCUGGCUGUCAGAGUUCCGGGGCCACGCCAACAUGCAUGUGUUUGAAGACUGGUGUGGUGGCUCCAUCCAGCAGCUGAGGAGGAACCUGCACUUCCCCCUGUACCCACAUAUCCGCACAACCCUGAGGAAGCUGGCUGUGUCCCCCAAAUGGACCAACUAUGGCCUCCGCAUCUUUGGCUAUCUGCACCCCUUCACCGAUGGGAAAAUCCAGUUUGCUAUUGCUGCAGAUGACAACGCAGAAUUCUGGCUGAGCCAUGAUGACCAGGUUGAGGGUCUGCAGCUGCUGGCCAGCGUGGGCCAGAGUGGGAAGGAGUGGACCGCCCCUGGAGAGUUCGGAAAGUUUCGGAGUCAAAUCUCCAAGCCAGUGAGCCUGUCAGCCUCCCGCAGGUACUACUUCGAGGUGCUGCACAAGCAGAACGACGAGGGCACCGACCACGUGGAGGUCGCGUGGCGACGGAACGACCCGGGAGCCACAUUCGCCAUCAUCGACUCCUCUUCCUUGUCCCUCUUCACGAACGAGACUAUCUUACGGAUGGAUGAAGUGGGCCACAUCCCACAGACAGCAGCCAGCCACACAGGCGCCUCCAGCUCUGUUCCCGUGGACGAGCAGCCUCCAGCCGACAUGCUGCGGCCCGAUCCCCGGGACACCCUCUACCGAGUGCCUCUGAUCCCCAAGUCCCAUCUCCGCCAUGUCCUGCCUGAUUGUCCCUACAAACCCAGCUACCUGGUAGAUGGGCUUCCUCUGCAGCGCUACCAGGGUCUCCGUUUUAUUCAUCUGUCCUUUGUUUAUCCCAAUGACUACACCCGCCUGAGCCACAUGGAGACCCAUAACAAGUGCUUCUACCAGGAAAAUGCCUACUACCAGGACCGGUUCAGCUUCCAGGAGUACAUCAAGAUUGACCAGCCAGAGAAGCAGGGACCAGAGCAUCCAGGUUUUGAGGACAACCUUCUAGAAGAACCUCAGUAUGAAGACGUGGCAGAGGAAGCUCCUGUCUCCCUUGACCGCUACACCAAGACACAAAGAAAACAAGUGCCUACCUCUACUCCCAGGCAGAAUGUCACUGACUACCGCCUCCGGAGCCUGAGGAAGCUCCUGGCCCUGCCUCCAGGGGACCUGUGGCUACGCUUUCCCAGGCCAAAUUCCACAGCUUCCUUCCCAGUGAGGAGCAGCGACACCCUCCAGCCACGGGAAAAAAGAAAGCAAACACCCAGCCCUGCACCCGGCCAAGACUCCCCACGUUCAGACAAGCAGGCCCCUGGGCACCUGGCACAGAAUCUACCUCUGAUUAAGAGGCCCAGGCCCACGAGGAGCAGUCCCGGGAAGACUCUGGAGCAGUCUCAGUGGCUGAAGCAAGUAGACACCUACAUCGCACAGCAGAGGAGGGGUGAUGGGUUGGAGGCACAGGACCACGAUGGGGGGUGGCCGGGGGAAGAGGAGGAGGUGGCAGCUGCAGAUCAGGAUGGACCAGUGGAAGGAGAGGAAGAAGGGGAAGAAGAGGAGGAAGAUGACAUGAGUGACGUGUUCGAGUAUGUACCUCUGUUUGACCCAGUAGUCAACUGGGACCAGACCUUCAGUGCCCAGAAUCUGGACUUCCAAGCCCUAAGGACCGACUGGAUUGACCUGAACUGUAACACGUCGGGCAACCUGCUGCUGCCUGAGCAGGAGGCCCUUGAGGUCACGAGGGUCUUCUUGAAGAAGCUCAACCAGAGGAGCUGGGGGAGGUACCAGCUGCAGCGCAUUGUGAACGUGGAGAAGCGUCAGGACCAGCUGCGUGGGGGCCGCUACCUCUUGGAGCUCGAGCUGCUGGAGCAAGGACAGCGCGUGGUACGGCUGUCUGAGUAUGUGUCCACACGAGGCUGGCAGGGCAUCGACCCAGCUGGUGCAGAAGAGGCCAGGAACCUGCAGGGCCUGGUCUGGAAGCCCCGCAGCCGGCAGCGGAGGAAUGUCCUGGACAUGCGGGAUCCCGAACCCAAGCUGUGUUGGCCCCAGGGGUUCUCCUGGAAUCACAGAGCUGUGGUCCACUUCGUGGUGCCUGUGAAGAACCAGGCGCGCUGGGUGCAGCAGUUCAUCAGAGACAUGGAGAACCUGUUUCAAGUCACUGGCGACCCACACUUCAACAUCAUCAUCACUGACUACAGCAGUGAGGACAUGGACGUUGAGAUGGCCCUGAAGAGGUCCCAGCUACGGAGCUACCAGUACGUGAAACUCAGUGGUAACUUUGAGCGUUCGGCUGGACUUCAGGCUGGCAUUGACCUGGUAAAGGACCCACACAGCAUCAUCUUCCUCUGUGACCUCCACAUCUACUUCCCUGCUGGAGUCAUCGAUACCAUCCGGAAGCACUGCGUGGAGGGCAAGAUGGCCUUUGCCCCCAUGGUGAUGAGGCUGCACUGCGGGGCCACCCCGUGGUGGCCUGAGGGCUACUGGGAGGUGAACGGUUUUGGACUACUUGGCAUCUACAAGUCAGACCUGGACAAGAUCGGGGGCAUGAACACCAGGGAGUUCCGAGACCGCUGGGGUGGAGAAGACUGGGAGCUGCUUGACAGGAUCCUCCAAGCAGGCCUGGAGGUGGAGCGUCUCUCCCUCAGGAACUUCUUCCAUCACUUCCAUUCCAAGCGAGGCAUGUGGAACCGCCGCCAAGUGAAGAUGCCGUGAGCCCCGGUGGGGCUGGCUGGAUCCACCGCCACGGCUCCUUGACUUGGGGGUGUUUCCCAGUGCCCUGCUCACUGCAGAGGAGAGGAAGAAGGGAGCAGAAGAAUGCCUGGGUCCCCAGAGGCCUUGGGGCUGAGCUCCUCUCCACCGGGAGCUGCCCCUCAUGUGGAGACAGGCACCAGGGCUCCUCUGCCACUCGCUCGGCCAACAGAGAUGGAUGGCUCCUGAGACGAUGGAGGGGUGAGGUCAGCGAGAAGAGACCUGUGCGGACAGUCCUGCCCUCAUCUCAUUGUCCUUCAGUGCUUGCCAGAAGGAGCGCUGGCUGUGAACUGCAGUGCAGAGCUGGCAUCGACCGGGAGUCGUGCUGCGGGGGGUCCCUACUUGCAAACCUCAGGCACACUGUGUGUUGCAGUGUGGCCCUCGGGCACUGUCUCUUCAGCGGUGCUGGUCCUAUGUGGAGCAGUUCUGGCUCUCGCCCAGGCUCAUGCCUUCCAAACACAUCUCUCCUGGUGGCCACUGAACUGCUGGCCACCCUUAGGGCAUUAAUUUAAGUCCUCCUGAUGGCACUAACUUGGGACUGGAAGCACAGAGCUGGGAUUGCCUUCCUGGUAAGGGGGGUGGGCUAGGAGGGAGGUGGGGUCUGGAAGGCAGUAAGUCCAUCCGGUGGUGGUUACAGUGUGGCCCUGCAAAAUGGGCAGGGUAAAGAGGACCAGAGAGAGACCCCCUCCCCUUCCAGGUUCACACUGGGCAGAAGCCUCUGGAAAGACCAUGCGUGCUGUGCAAAGAGAAUUUGGCCAGGAUGUAGCAGUGCUCCUCACACUAAGGCGAAGAGGCCAGGGGGUGGAAGGGAAGUGGAGAGGCCCAGACAUCUGACCCUGUGCAGAAGCAGAGGGUGGCUGGGAGUGGACAGUACAGAGGAUGGGGAGAUCCCUUCCCCGGGGGGUGGGGGGAGCAGGGGAUAGGAGGAACUGAGAAGUGAAGCGAUUUCAGGGAAAGAGUCCUGGCCUUUGCAGUCUGUAGCCCCCUAUUUCUCCCAUAUGAUGGUCACACACUUGUCUUGCACUAAUGAACCCCAGGUGCUUUUGUGACUGGGCACUAUUCUGCUGCUGCUGAACUCACCAGUUUUGCAUUUGGGUGCUUGCUCUUGAACCCCAAGAGUGUGGAGGACUCCCCGCUUUAGGGAAGGGCUGUGGGAAGUGCCGUAGGUCCUUGGCUUGGCUGAGGCACACUGCGACAGACCAGAGGGCAGCAUCUGGAGCUGCAGGGCCUGCCCAGGGCAUCUACCUUCAUCAAGAGCAGAGAUUUGGCACACCGGAGGCUGGAGCCCGCAGAUAUCUGUGGGGCAUGGGAGAAUCACUGCCUUCCUCAAGGGGGAUCAGGGGGCUGUGCUUAUGGAUGUCCUACCUGCCCCUGGGCUGUGGCCUUUCCUGGGUCCUGCUUAGGCUUUCUGCCAUUGGAAAGGGCCCAUGGGCAGCAGGCAGAGCUGCAGCUGGCCAGCUAGCAUCCAGGAUCUCUCUAGGGCCACUGUCAUUCUUGGUACUGCUUUGGGAGGUCAGAACUGGUCCUUGCAGCCUUCCGGCUCCAUUUCUCCUGCUGCCUGAGGUUUGCCCAGCCUGCCUGCACCCCGUUUCUAGGCCAGUGCCUUGUGUUUGUUACUUCCGCACCAUCUGCCUUAAGGGGCCUGUCUUGGCCUCUGCCCUUUAGGAAUAUGUCAGGGGUGGGGGAAGGGAAGACAUUAAUUAAAUACAGCAUCUUCUUAGAAAAACCAA